AUGUACCGCCUCUCUCAGCUGAUGUCAACACCGGUGGCAAGUUCCUCCGGGUCCGAGAGAGGAUCUGCUGGAAAGCUGUCUCCCACGUGCAUUUUCCCAAGCUUUGCCUGUGAUUUCCUGGCUGGUGACAGUUCCUUUGACUGCUGCUCCCUAGAUCCCCUGACAGGCUCCUACCUGCCCUGUCGCCGAAGUCCCAGACUCCUCACCAAUGGCUACUACAUUUGGACAGAGGACAGUUUCCUCUGCGACAGAGAUGGCAACAUCACGCUGAGCCCGUCCCAGACCAGCGUGAUGUACAAGGAGAACUCAGUUAGAGUAUUUAGAAAGAAAAAGAGAGCCCGCCGCUCCUUGUCCUCUCUCCUCCGCCUCGGGGCCCCUAGAUCCUGGCUGCGGGGAAGCAUCUUCGGGGAUGCCGGCUCGUCCCCGGGCGAGGCCAUCUGGCUGGAGGGAGCCGACAGGCUGGACACGCACCCUGGCAGUGAUGGUGGCGGUGACUUUGACUGUGCGCUGACAGAUGACUGGGCGUCGGAGCGGCCGGAUGCACAGUCCGUGGCAGCCUCCUCCUCCAGCCAUGGCACGCCUGAGCCUCCCAGAAAAGACCCCCUCCGUGGGGCCCUGCAUCCCCGGGGGAGGGCAGCUGAGCAUCUCCGAGGGGGCAUUUUGGACCUUUCAAAAACCAGUUUGUUGGGAGAGAUCUCCUUUCAAACCGUUCUGCUUGCUGCGUGCUUGGCCAUGUCCGCAUGUGCCAGAUGGCUCCUGGGAGGACUGCUGGCCGGCCUCUUCACGUGUUCCUUGACCGUCAUGAUUGCUUGUGUUGCCAAGUCCCUGCUAGCAGCUCAGCCUCGCCAGCUACUUCUGAGCCGGCCCCCACGCUCGGUUUGCCAAAAUUUGA